AUGGAGUCUAUUUAAAUGGAGCUGAACUAUUCAAAUUGUAAAUGGAAGAACCUAAAAAUACAUGAAUUAAACAAAUUAGAUGACCAUAGUGGUUGGAUCUUAUCAGUCUGUUUAUCUUCUGAUGGAAAUAUAUUAGCUUCUGGUAGUGGUGAUAAAUCUAUUAGACUAUGGGAUGUUAAGAAUGGAAAAGAAAUUUUACCUGCUUACAAAACUUAUAAGGAUAUUCUUGCUUAAUUUCAAACACCGCUAUUUUAAAACAAUCCUCUGUUAUGUAUUUCUAUCAUUAUAAUUAUUUAGUAUCGAACAGUAUUACAGUUCUAAGAAUAUCUCAAAUUCCAUUAUUUUAAGCAUAAGGAGCUUUAUUAUUAAAAGGAGGUUUUGUAAAUUACGGGGGAUACAAUCUUAGAUAAUUAUUUAAAUCUAAAGGAAGUUGCUUCUUAGAAGAUUUUAAACAAAUGUGA